AUGAUCGCCUCGAGCGACGCGGAGAUCGUGCGGGAGACGUACAAAAAACUACAGCCGCACCUCAGUCACCACGCGCUUAUCAUGUUCCUCACCAUAUUUGACGUGUCGGAGGAGAUGAGGGAUCUCUUCUGGUUCGUGCGGGACAUGGAUGAGCCGGCGCCCACCAACCCCGUGCUGCAGAGACACGCCAACACCGCCUUCAAGCUGAUCUGUGACUCGUGCUGCCAGCUGGACGACAGAGUAGCGGUGGCCGGCAUGCUGCCAGCGAUGCAGGCUCUGGGCGGCAGACACAUCAAGUACAACGUCAGGCGCCCACAUAUGGCGGUGUUUCGAAUGGCGUUUCUCAAAACAGUGGGCAAGGCUUUGGGUUCGGGGUGGACGGAGGAUGUGGAGGGCGCAUGGAGCAGGGCGUAUGGGAAGGUGGAGGAGAUGGUUGCGGUAGGGCUGGGGGGGAGAUGA